ACCAUAAAAGAAAAAUCUGAUCUUGAGACUGAGAAUUUCAGGUGUAAAGCUAAAAAUGCUAAACUUAAAGCUGAAAAUGCAUAUCUUAUUGAAGAUAUUGCACAGUCCUCAGUUUGUUUAGAAUCACUAAUAACUCUUGAGACCCAAAGGAGCACUAGAGGGACAUCCUCCAAUUUACUGCCUAUUAAAGAUCUCUCUGAUAAGAAAUAUAGUGUCAGUGUUAACCUAAGCCAGCUAAAAGCUGAACCUAUAUCAUUAGAAGAUAAGGAGAUUAAUGAAUUUUUGAAUUCAAAAUAUAAGAAAAAGGUUAGUAAAGAGAUAAUUCAGAGCAUAAAGAAAAAAAAGCUUCAAGAACAUGAUUUAUCUUUACCUCAAUCAUGUAAUGUAAAAACUGUGACAAAAUGUCAUGAUUAA